AUGCCAGCACCGAAAACGGAAAAGCUCGGAACGUUGAUCGAUUGCGGCGUUGCAGUACAGAAUAUGUGUGCGACAAUAGUUGCCUGUGGAUUAAACGAGCAUCUUUGCAACGUAGCACUUCUUCAAGAACUUGUCGAAAGAUUGCCACCGACUAUCAAGCUCGACUGGGCUAGAUACCGCCAAGUAUUGAAUGUCGUUACUCUUUCGGAUUUCAGUGCAUGGCUGGAAACGCUUGUGGAAGCAGCAUGCGCGGUAACAGUUCCCUCAUCUUUCAACAGCUAUGCAUCUAAAACAGAUAAACGAGGUCGAAAAGAGGAAAUGUACGUACAUGUUGAGUCCGAAGGUAAUUCUGAUCCAAUUCCAGCGAGUACUUCUAGAGUUGCGUCCAGCUCAGCGUCUACUGCAUGCGUCAUUUGUCGUGAAGCGUGUGGCAAUCCCAGUUCGUGUAGAACGUUUCGUGGAAUGAAGGUCAGCGAUCGCUGGGCGGCAUUGAAUCGGUACAAGCUGUGUCGUAAAUGUUUAUCGAAGCAUUUUGAUGCGUGCCCCGUAAAGAAAGUAUGCGGAAAGAAUGGCUGCACAUACAUGCAUCACAAUCUGCUACAUGAUGAUUCCAGAUACCAACGCAGGGACACUCCUCAGAGAUCACUGCCAGUAGUUAGUGACACUACAGUCGAAACCUGCAACACGCACUCGAAUUCUGUAAACAAGGUGUUGUUUCGUUACGUUCCUGUUCUACUACAUGGACGCGGAAAAUCCAUCCGCGUCUUCGCAUUCUUGAAUGACGGUUCAUCGGUCACUUGGAUGGAUCACAGUUUGCUAUCAGAAUUAGGAAUUCAAGGCGAGGCGCAUCCUCUGUGUUUGGGCUGGACAUCGGAUCAUCAGCGCCAAGAACCGAAAUCAGUUAAACUUUCGUUGCAGAUAUCAGGAGUGCACGAUUCAAAGUUGUAUACGAUUCCCAAGGUGCACACUGUCCAAAGCCUAGCCUUGCCGCGGCAGAGUCUAGCUCUGAACGAUUUGACACGUCGUUAUAAACAUCUGCGGAGCAUCCCUGUUGAUUCAUAUCGCGAUGCGACUCCGAGGAUUCUUAUCGGAAUGGACAAUUGCCAUUUGAGAUAUGCAUUGGACAGCAAAGAAGGUGACAAACAAGAGCCGAUUGCUACUAGAACCCGUUUAGGUUGGAUAGUAUGUGGUCCCUGCGCUGUUCUCUCCCAGCCUGUGUCGACAGCGUACCACAGUUUUCACGUGUGUCCGUGUUACGAAAGAAACGAUGCGGAAUUGCAUAAAGCGGUAAAAUCUUACUUCACUCUGGAUAGCAUUGGACUGAAAACGGGUAAACAACUUCUUUCGAAGGAUGAUGAGCGUGCCGAGCAAUUACUGAAGUCAUUGACUCGCGUCAAAGGCAAACGGUAUGAGACUGGAUUAUUGUGGCGAGGCGAUGAUAUUAAACUACCGGAUAGCAAACCGAUGGCCUCGAGACGGUUGGUUUGCCUGGAGAAGCGCAUGCAACGAGACCCCUGCCUGGCCGAAUCGUUGAAAGAAAAAGUUCGAGAUUAUGAAAGACGUGGUUACAUUGAGAAACUGACCGAGAGGCAGCUGUCCGCUAAGUACCCACGCGUCUGGUAUCUGCCGAUUUUUCCUGUGACCAAUCUCAAUAAACCAGGAAAACUGCGUAUAGUCUGGGAUGCGGCUGCAAAGGUGGCGGGAGUGUCCCUGAACUCGUGCUUACUUACCGGUCCAGAUUUGCUCACCUCUCUCGUAUCUGUUCUGCAUCGUUUUCGUGAAUUCAGAAUUGCCAUUACCGGUGACAUUCGAGAGAUGUUCUUGCAGGUUAUGAUGAACGAGAAUGAUCAACAGUGUCUGAGAUUUCUAUGGCGGAACGGUGAAUCCGACCGUGCUCCAGAUGUUUAUGCAUUGAAGGUGAUGGCGUUCGGCGCAACGUGCUCGCCGAGCAGUGCACAGUUCGUGAAAAAUCAAAAUGCUCAAAGAUUCAUAGAUCGUUUUCCCAGAGCAGUUGAAGCGAUAAUGGAAGAACAUUAUGUUGAUGAUAUGCUGUCUAGCGUGGAAACGGAAGAUGAAGCAAUUAAGUUAGCGAAGGAUGUCCAGCUUAUUCAUGCCGAAGCUGGUUUCGAAAUACGAAACUGGCUAUCAAACUCGAACCGAGUUCUACAGGAAUUGGAAUCAAGUCCAGAUGCACGAGAUGUUCUAUGUUGGUUAAAUCUGAUGUUUCUGAUCACCGGAAAUAUAGCCAGUUCGUUGCAGUACGAGUAA